UUUAUUUUUCCAUAAGCGAGUUCUAUAUGAGGGCAGUGUAGGGGAGGGGGGGGGGGCACCUUCACCAAGAAGGACUGACAUCAUGUUUGACAUCUUCCAAGUGUGGGACCAAGUGUGUUGAUUCGUUUUUUAUUCUGUGGAAUUAUGUAAGAUCACAAUGUUAAGUUAAUUAGGUAACUUGUAUUAGAUUAGAGAAUAGCCUCUUAGGUCAAAUGUGAAGUAUUUCAUCCAAGCGUAUUUCAAUUAACCAUGCGAAAAGAUGGUUGAAAGGUGAUAUCGUUAUGACACUUCAAACAAAUACAACAACUCACCCUAUUAGUCAAAUAUAGGUCGGCAACACAUUUCUAUUGGCCCACAGAGAAUGCAUUCAUUCUAAAGUUGUAAAUGUAUCAGCAACAGUUAUUAUGGUGGAAUGCAGAUAUUCUUAAAGUUCUUCGCAACCCACUUAAUAAAGUUGCAGAGUGCUCUGAAUUCUUUACUCUCAUUGUUAAAACUAACCCCAUAGUGGGGCAUGUUGGGAGUACUGGAACAUCUUGCAUUGGACAUCAUUUAAUUAAUUAUGUGAUAGAUUGGAGAAGUUGGAAACAUUAAUUGUAGUGUCAAAAAUCUAAGGACUUUUGGUGCUGAAAGGUUACAACCAUCCCUGAUCACCCCUGAACUGUCAGAAGUGUUUAAAGCAACUGUAGUGUGAAAUAUGUUCCCACACAGAAAAAUUGGCAGUGUCAAUUCAACACUUAAAGAGUACAUUUUAACACUCAGCUAGUGAACAUAUGGUCCCUAAUCUUUGAGUGUUCAAGUUACACUGAACAUAGUGUUAACAUUUUCGCCUUAACGCAACUCUAGUAAGAGUUAUUAUUCUACUCUACAUUACGCUCAGAAGUGUAAAUUUUUAUUAACACCAGUCCCAGUGUUUUUUAUAUUUGUAAGACAUUUGUUUGAGUUAUUAAUUGUACUAAUUAAGUACUGCAUCGUGUUAAAUUAAUGCAGAAAAAGUUUGAGGUAAUAAUUAAACUAAAUAGAAAUAAUUCAGUAACAUUUUAUUUUAUUUGUACAGACCUUGUACAUUUCGGUACAUUUGACCUACUUUAAGUUUAGUUCAUAUCAUGAGGUUGUAUCAUUGCUGUCUAAAUAUUUUUUAAACAUGGCUUAUUUUAUUUUAUGAUAUCUUAUUGUUUAUUUUGUGGGCACUGGAACAAACAGAACAUGCAAGGAUACGUUUUAUUACAUUUAUACAUAUACAACAGAAUUUGUAAAUUCUUCUGUGGUUUCAAAUUGAAUGAAGUUACUUGAAGUAUGUUAUCCACAUGUCCCUGAGAUGUUUUGAAAUAUCUUAAUUUCCCCUCCAUAUCUCUCUUGUAUCUUUCUGAUUGAAGGUUCAUUCGCUGAUGUUAUGGUCAAAGAAAAGUGCUAUGGCGGAUAUUUUAAUUUACCAUAUUUCUAUGCACCACCUCUUUUCAAUGGACAGUUGUACUUCACUCCGAGUAAUAGUGCAUCCAGGCAGCUAGUGAUUGAUAAGGGGGAGUCAAGGCACCCACGCUUUAAAGUCAAAAUUGGCUCAGUUCAAUUCACCGAUUUGACAGAAAACGAUGACGGAGCUUUUUCCAAUGAUGAAGGUGAAGAUGUUGUCAUACUGAUCAUUAAAGAUUGUGCAUCCAAGGUAAUGCGGUAUUACGGGGAAAUAUACUCGCGUCAUGUUCCUAGACAGGCUGAAUUCCUGGAGUUCACUCCCCUCCACAAUAUGGACCAGUCAACAGUCUUGUGGAAUCGCACCGACCCUCGGACCAAUAAGGGAGGCAGAGGGCAGAUGAGGCGUAAUGAGUGGGUGAUUGAGAAUCUCAAUCGCGCAGACAUGGGCCACUACAACUUCAGAGCAAAAGACAACACUUUGCUGUCUAGGAUACUGCUCAAAGUCAGAGAGCAAACAUUCAAUUAUACUUCAAAGGUGAAUGAGCGUCUCCUCAUCCCAAAUCCUGCGGGCAAUGCCCUGUGGACUGUGACUUUUUCAACUGAGGAAAAAAAAGAACACAUAUUGAUGCAAACAGGCCGUCUGCUCACAGAAGAUGGAUGGUCCUCACUACCUUUUACAGGGAGGAUGCUGGAUAUGCGAAAUGGCCUAGAGAUUAACCCUGUGGAAAUCACAGACUCUGGCACCUUUGAGUUUAUUGAUCCACAAGGCGACCUGGCCCAGACUGUGCAUUUGUUGGUAAAACCAGAUUCCGUUUCAACCUUUGUUUAUGUUGGUAUUGUUGUCGGGAUUGUCUUUGCUGUGAUUGUCUGCUGUUGCUGUGUGAGGAAGUGCUGUUGUAAAAAAAGUUCUUCUAAGAGGACCGAGUCUGCUCCUCAGACUGCAGCCACACCUUCCGUGUAUAACCAUGUGAGUACCUGCUCAAAUUAGACCGACUUUGUUAUAUUAAUUGCUAUUUUUACAUCGAUAUCCUCCGUUCAAAUGCAGGAUAUGAAUCAACCGGCGGGCCCGAGUUACUCUGCUGUACCUGCUCCAGAUCACUCUACUCAUUACUCAAGGAAUUCCCUAGUUUCUAAAGAACGUAAAACUAUCUCACUUGAGCCAUUGGGUUACAACCCAGUGAAUAUAGAUGUGAACCCCCCUCUGUCUGAGGUUGCUCCUCUCGGAGGGCAGGGGGGCGGUCCAGCUCCUUUACUCGGCUCUGAUUGUCUCUCUUCGGGCCCUGAGCCAACGUUUGAGCUGAAAGGAGUAUAUUCUGCUCUCCCCCUCGGUUCAAGCUCAACUUUCUGUGAUGUUUAUACCUCAGAUAAACUCAACUUUCUGUAAGGAUUCAGCAUUGAACUUUGUGACUGGUGGGAACAGCCAUUUCAGUCAUUGACAGGGCUGUGUGAUAGACACACGCAUGAUAAAUUAAGUUCCUGCAAACCUGCAAAGACGUGAUGAGACGUACACAGGAUAAGGACCGUGUCGAGAAACAGUAUAUCUUUCUCACUAUUCACACAGGACCAGACUUAACGUAGGGUUUAAAUGUGGGGUAUUCUCUUUCAAUAUAAAUCCAAACCCAAAUGCAAUGUGAUCAUAUAAGUUUGAGGCCAGUUCAAUAACUAAGCAGUAAAGAGCAGGAGUUUUACGAAUACAUAAGUCAAUUUAAGAACGAAGCUAACUCCCUCUUGCUCUAUACUGUAGUUAUUGUAGAGUGAACAGCUAUAAUCAGGAUAUCUGUGUGAACUGUAUUAGUAAUGUGUUUUAAACUCAGGUUAUAUACAGUAUGCCUAAUCUUCACUUUCUCCUGCUGCAAAGGAUAACAAAGAUAUAGAAAUGUUACAAUGGUGACUGUGUGUCUGUGUAGCAGAUGUUAGUGAGUGAGGACAUCAAACUGCCAAUUCAGUCAUAUAUAUCAACCUAUCUAUGUGGCCUUUAUUAUAACAUUUUGACAAAUUAUAUGUGAUAUAUUAGUGUUAUGCUUUGUAAAACACUUAGCGUUUUCCAUUCAAUGUAAAAGGGUAUUUUUAAAAUAUAAAUAUGUCUAAAGAUAUGUAACUCUACUUUUACUUUUGCUUUUAUGAAUAAAGUUUUUUCCUAUUUUGAAAAACAAAAUAAACUGCCUAACUGCACUACCACAUUUACUCUGAACCACACUUUUUCAAUCAGUGUAGGCUACCAUGGCCACUACAACAUUUAGUAUUGAAACAUAAAAAGGCAAUUAUGUAAAAGUAUGGAUGCCAUACUACUUAUAAGUGUAUCAAAGUACUCCUUUCACAAUGACAUUAUUGUUGGAUAUAAGCUUUUGAAUGCAACUUAUUUAUGGUUGAGACAUUAAUAUUCGAUGUCAUUGCCUAACUUCAUGUCGCUGCAUUGUUGAAGGACAAAUAACUCAAAUGUAACAAUGAGCUAGAACAAAUUAACCAAACUACAGGUGUGAAGGCACUUUAGGUCUCAAGUAUCAGGGGUUUUGUUAGACUUGAGAGAGAUAGAGAAGACACUCUUACAACUGAAUUACCUGUGAGUUGUGUAUUAUGCUCAAAUCGAUGUGUAAAAUGAGUGAAAUACCCCUUUAAUAAGUAGUUACAAAGACAUUCUAAUUCAGUCGAAAACGUCCAUGCUAAACGCAACAGGGAUUUCCGACGAUGCCUAAACGCAUCACGAGUGCACCAGUUGACGCCCUUCUCUGUGGUCCCGGGCCAUGGAGCCCAAGACCUGCAGAAGGCUGCUCUAGUAAAUCAGUAAUAAUAACGGUGUCGUGCGGGAUGUGAGCGUUGUAUGACUCUUGUCUGGGUGUUGUGGACAUAGCGAUGUGUUAGUCGCCAGUUUGCGUCUUGAUUAAUAUAAACUGGUCCCAAGACGGCUGACACUGGACUCUCGUGGGUCUCGUGUUUUGCAACGCGGUAGAUGAUGAUACUGUUAUUGUUGCUGGGUGCCUUUGUUUCUACGGGCUUCUCCCGUGGCAUUGAUCAGGAGAGGGAGUAUGGAGAAAAUCAUCGCUUUUGGCUUCGCCAAAAGCCGGAAUACAUUGAAUUCCACCCCAAGUACAACUCCAGCGUUAUCACCUUGUGGAAAAAGGGUGACCGUGCAAUCAUAUUUGACAAAAAGUAUAUGAUGACGGGCUCUUACUUUAUGAUAUAUCGUCUAACUCAGAAAGACAGUGGUCGCUACAUAAUGAGAGACACAGAUCUGAACGAGCUGUCCUCCUCCACACUUGAUGUAAAAGUAACCCCAAUGUACAAUAGAAAGAGUCCUGGUGACAGGUUCCACGUAACCUUUAAUCUGAAUCCAAACUCCUGCAACAUUUACUUCUUCCCAAGAAGCGGCAGUCAGCCGAGAAAGUUGAAUGAGAUCGUUCGUCAGGGCAUGCUGCAGGAGGGUGAAUCGGAUUGCCUCGGGUUUGAUCUGUUAAUGCCAUGUGGGAUUUUAAAUAAGGCCCUCCAGAUGUCCUGCAGCGGACGCUAUGAGAUCAGAGAUCAGAAUAACAACACAGCCUUCGCGGUGUCCCUGGAAGUGGAGAAAAUCACAAAUAAGAAUUACCGGAAAGCUGGUGAACAGUUUGACUUCACUUUGAAUCAGGAACCAGACUCCUGCGACAUUUACUUCUUCCCAGAGAGUCAGAGUGAGUCGAGGUAUUCGAUGAUUAACAUCGUUCAUCGGGGCCGGCUGGCGCAGCGUUCGGAUGACGUUGAUUGCACAGGGUUUGAUCUGUUAAAGCCAUGUGGGAUUUCAAAAGUGGAUCUCCAGAUUUCCUGCGCCGGACGCUAUGAGAUCAAAGAUCAGAAUAACGACACAGCCUCAGUGGUGUCACUGGAAAUAAAGCAACUACCGUAUGAGCCUUCUCAUAUUGGUAUUGGGUUUGGUGUUUUCCUCUCCUCACUUUUCUGCUACUGCGUGAAGUGCUGCUGCUGUGGGAAGAGCUCCUCCAAAGAGGACGGAUCUGAGACUGCUGCUGCUGACCCAGACGCUCAGUACCAAGCGAAUGACGACCAGCCUGCUGGAGCGGCGUCACACCAGCUCAUGCAGCCCUCUGCGGCGGAGCAACCCCCCCCCGCAUACGAAUAUCCUUCUGAGAGUUUGCCGCCACCUUAUCCGGAGGUUUCUGCUCCAGUGGAGCAGCCAGACGCUCCGUCUGGCCCUGUCUACUCUGACCCUGAGCCAAAGUUUGAAAUGAAGGGGGUGACCUUUCCCUCUACUCCCCUCCUCAGUUCAGACUCAACUUCCUGUGAUGUUUAUACCUCAGAAAAAUUCAACUUCCUCUGAGAGCCUUGAUUUCUAAAGAUCCACUCACUCCUUAGUGGGACAUUAAAGGAAUAGUUUGACAUUUUGGGAAAUUCAGCAAAUCACCAGUGGCUGGCUUUUAAUGUAUUAAACCAGGGGAAGGCAGCCUUAACGUAACCAAUGGCCCACUGGCAGAAAGUGGACAAGAAAAGUGUCCUUACAUGCUAAAUCACUUUUCACUGCCAUUGAUAUUUGCGACGCCUGGUAUUUUUUGAGAGUUUUGAUUUGUUUCCCCAAACUGCAUUCCCAAACCCGCCUUCCUCUGCCUCGGAUUGGCCAGGACUCGUUGCCUUUUUUUUGUUGCAUUAUUUGUUUGCUUUAUAGCUGAUGUAAAAGUUUGGUGGAAGGUUAUUAGAGUUAAGGAUUUCAACUCAGGUGUGAAUGUUUUCAUAACGAUCGCGGCCUUAUGAAGUUCUCUCUUGUAUCACAAUGUUGCUCUGCACGUUAUUUUUAUGAUCCUUUUGGACAUUUCAAUGUGUUAUGAGUAAAGCUAAUGUUAAUCUAAAUGUUGAUAUGGUGCACUGUUACAUAAGAAAAGGAAUACAUUGCACUUCAGAUCAAAAAUAUUACCGACACUCAAAGAAACAACAUAUUACAUCUUAACAAGUGAGCUUCAGACAUGCUGGUUGGUGAAUAUCAUUUGCACACUAGCAGUUUCCUUGUUUCUAGUGUGUGUGCUAAGUUAGAUGAGAGGAGCGCCAUCCCUCUCCAUCUGUCAGCAAGAGAGGAAUAACAUUUCACAAAAUGUUUGAAGGGAAGAGUGGAGACCAUAUUUUGCAUCUAAAUUAGCCCUUUGUGGUUUUUUUGUUUCACAGAGCAGAGCUUGAGACUUUGUACGAAAGGAUCACUCGUUAAAAAACUAAAAUAUAGAAUGUUCUAUAAAUUGAGAGCGCCUGCAUUGUUAUCAAUAAUGUCCUACCUCAUGAGUCUCACUUUGAGAGCUCACUAUAUGGUCAGAGUAGGAUACUGAGUGAAUGGCGGUUUCCUUCCUGCCUCCUUCAGGGACAUAUUUAUUGCAGACCGGCUUGACUGUGAGCAUUUUCAGGACCCCAACAUAAACUACUCCUAUCUUUCUAAGAUUCUCUCUGGAUUUAUAACAAUCCUUUAUUGAGUUACUUGCAUAUUUGGUUGCCGUUCUAUGGGAUGGAAUUCAGUUCAGUUCAGUUAAAAACUCGUAGCAUGUAAUGCUUAAAUUGUAGUUUUGUGUGGAUUCUGAAUAAAAGUUAAUUUCAAAUGGGUUUUAGAUGUUAACUAAUAUUGAUACAUAGUUACUGGAUUUAAAUUGACAUGGGGAGUCACAUAAACAUAUAUAUGUGGGUUGGAGUUAUAUUCAAUGGAUUGUUUGAUGAAUAUAAAAAUAAUCAAAAGACCCAGUAGCCUUUCCCAUGGCAAAAAAACAACUGCACUGCAUGUAAUGUAUGUCAACAUUGUACCGUAAGCGCAUUACUUUAAAAAUACAAUUUAAUAUAAAUAAAUAUAUUCGAGACUUUUACACAUACACACAAUUGAAUGUACUACAGCUGCAAUGUGCACUUAACAACACAAGCCAUAUUUGUAGCUUUAUUAAUUUUGUAGUUGUCAGUUGUUGUACUUUUAUGUGUUUGUUUUCAAAUACAUCUCAUGGUUUAAAUAUGUAUAUACAUGUAGGCCUACAUAUGAUUUUAUUCAAGUACUAACAAGAGCCUUUUGGAGAACAUGAACAUAAACAUGUAUGUAUAUCAAGACAAGUAAUCCUCUUGUGCAUGUCUGGUUGUUUAUUUGGACUUUGUGUCAGGUGCAUUCAAUCUAAUGACACUCAACUUUUUGGUUUGUAUUUGAAUUUUUUUCCACUGUCUUCAUGUCCUCACGAUCUCAACUUGUUAUGGCCCUCAAUCCCUUCACCGCCACUACAAGUGCCACCCACCCACCAUGUCACCACCCAGCCAGAAGCUCAUUCAGGCAGAUGCAUUCCUCUACACCACAUCGACUGGUUUACAGAAGAAGCUCGACGGAGCACAAGCCGGAGCACAAGCCGGAGUACGACAAAGCCUUCGCGUGUCAUAGAGACAUAAAUCUGUUUGGGUGCGGGGCAUUCACCCUCGGUGAUCCUGGCAAUCUUUCUAAGUUUACCCAAUACUUGUUCUGUAAGUAAGACUGCAGUGGAAUAAUGCCUGAAUGUUUAUGCUGCAACAUAUAUCUAGAAAAUCGUUAUGAAAAGAAACAAAACAUAAACCUGUGACCCCAAUUAUGAGAAAAGAAAAAAAACAUGAUCUAAGAUGAGUCUUCCCUUCAUUACGACUACUAACCCAUACUUUUUAAAAUUGAAGUUAACAAGAAUGUUGUAUAAAAAUAGAGCUAUUUUGAGUAUUAAAUAAAGUAAGAAAAACAGAGAUUGAAUGCC